UACAUGAACAGACUUCAGUGGGACAGAAACUCUGGACUCUUUACACUCACAGAGCUGCAGAGGGACGACUCAGGGAGUUAUGUCAUUGACUCUAAAACAGGAAAAGGAAACAGGAUAUCAUCAUAUAAGCUCACAGUGUACGAUCCUGUACCAACACCUAACGUGACUAAGCUGAACUCGAGCUCUGAGAGCUGCUCCUUACUGUGUUGGGUGGACAGAGAGACCACACUGCUGUGGUUUAAAGACGAGCAGAUGCUGAACCAGAGCAGCUCUGCGCUCUCUCUGCCUCUCACUGUGCACAAACAGGACUUCAGCUCCUCUUACAGAUGUGUGGCUGCAAACCCUGCAGAGGAGAAAACUCUUCCUGUCCGUGUGAGAACCACCUGUGGAGACACAGACGACAACGACACCAACAGCUCGAAUAAACCAAGAAACUAUAACAUCCUCAUUAUAAUCUUCUGUGUCCUGAGUGCUACCCUCAUCAUCAUCAUCAUCAUCAUGAAGAGGAAGCAUCCUGUCCAAGACAGGUUUAAACUCCUACAAGCUGCAGGCAGAGCUCCUGUGGAUGAAGUGCUCCUUUACACUGGCACAGCUGACAGCAGACAGGGUGGGAUUUUAGCGGCGGUAUCAGGAACCAGUGAUGGCUCCAGUCUGACAGCAGUGUCUUACAAACUGGUGCUCGUCACAUGAGAGGUGUGACUGGCUGGAACGUCCGAGGAAAGCUGGACUCUGGAAAGAAGUUUUCCUUUGGUGCUGAUGAUUUGGAUUGAUUAUGAAUAAAGUGUAUUUUUACAGUGUGAAUGUGCCACAGAAGAGUUUCCAUCUACAUCAUCAUGACCUCUGACCUGCUCCUCUGACACUGAUCAUAAAAGACUGUAUCCAGACAAUGGACAGAGGACGCAGCUGUACGUCAUGUUUACCUGUCAAAUCAUUCAAAUGAUGCAACAAAGCAAAGACUUCCCUCUCUGUCACCUACCUGCUGCCUUGACUCCUCUCUCCUCGCGUCUCUUCCUUGCCUCCUCUCUUUGCAUCCUCAGAGGGAGGGUCUAGGACAAGGGGAGAGGAGGUGAGGGAAGGAAACUUUGGAAGGUCUGUGUGUGAGGAGCAGCAGCUGGGCUUGGAAGAAAGGAGCAGAGACUGAAUCACAUUUGAUUCUGAUCAAUAUUCCUUCAAAGGUUUAUUUGUGAUGUGAGUGCAUGUAGAUCUCCAGGACGAGCCUUACUGCUGCUCUGAGGACUGAAAGCUUCACUGAGCUCUGAUUUAUUUCUCUGCUUUUAAUUCACUCCUUUAACUUCACACUUUUGUCCACAGUUCAAACUCCAGCAGCUCACAGAGCUCAUCACUGCCUCCGUCAGCUCACAGGGCGCCCCCUUGUGGUCACUGACAAGCUGUUCACAAAUUAGAUUUGAUGUCAUUUAUUCUCAUCUUCCCGACUGUUGCUGCA